GUGUCUGAAUUCAGGCGGUUUCAACAGCGGACUGUUUUCGGCACCAAACCAGCAGUUAGUCUGUGCGGCCCUUCAGAGUGCAGGGCCCCAGGUGCCACCACAGCACAUUGGUGCUGUGGACCAUCAUGCUGAGAGCAUACGUGGCGGACGGCAAAGUCGAAGGCGACAAUGAAGAAGACGCCGGCGGGCCGCCGCCGAGCCGGUCCGGCGCAUAGGCGGCGAGUAGCAGGGCCGCGGCGUCGGCGGCCCGCGCGGCCAGGUCCGCGUGGGAGUCUUGCAGCGCGGCGGGGCGCACGUGCCUCCCGUGUCGCUUCAGGCUGCCCAGGCCGCCCUUGCGUUUCAGCUGCCUGCAUCAGUGGUGCCUGGACUGAAUGGGUCGGCAGCCUAGGUGGAGUCGAAGCGCCGGAGCCAACGCCCGGCCGAGGUUGGACCGUGCGACAUGGGCGCGCCCGAAGAUCGAUAGUUCACGGGUCCACGCUCAAGAGCUCGCGCGAGUGCUGGCACCCACCUAUCUUCGCCAUCCCGCUGCUGCCAGCCCCACCUGAAGCAGAGCAGCGCUGUACAGCGCUCGACUCGACUACGUCUGCUGUGUUGUCGUCUAGGUCGACUAGCAGGCUAACACGCCAAAGCCCGGAAUACCAGCACAGUACCUGCGCUGAACUGCAACCAUGUCACGCUACACCCAGAACGGCGACUAUGACAACGUCAGCUUCUCCCAGUUGAUGGCCAGCCGUCGCGACCUGGCGGUGGACGCGCUGGGUGCCGCCAACGUCCUGCUGGGCAAGCUCAAGCUUGUGGGCAGUGGCGAUUUCUGGUUGGGCAUCCUGCGCGGGUCCCCCCAAAAGGCCUGGUGGCACUUGGGCAAAGGCAUCCACAUCGUCAUGAGCGACGCUGAUCCCUUCAUCAAGGGGCCGGGUGUGGCGGGGUCGCUGCGUGACAAGGUGGACAGCAGCACGUUUGAGACGGUGGCGCAGCAGGCGAGCCGACUGCUGCAAUACAUGCGCGAGAUUCGCAUGCCAAUCGUCGCGCCCAUCCGGCUGUCCACCCCCGCCUCCGCCCCCGCGCCCGCUGGCCCGGAGCCGGAGCCCGCGCCCGCCUCCCCCACGCCCGCCUUCCCCGCUCCCCCCGCCUUCCCCGCUCCCCCCGCCUCCCCCGCUUCCCCCGCCUCCCCCGCUCCCCCCGCCUCCCCCGCUCCCCACGCCCCCACCGCGGGCCCGUCUGCCUCGGGCACCACCGCCGCCGGCGCCACCGCCGCCGCCGGCAGCAGCCCGGACCUGGUGGCUGCGGUGGCGGCGCUGGCGGCCGCGAUGACCGAGCUGACUAAGGCGGUGCGGCUGCUGCAGCAGCAGCUGGCCGCCGCCUCCGCCGCCUAAAACGAGAGCAAGGCAGCCAGGACUCAAGCGACCCACCAGCAUGGAUGGGCCGGAGCAAGCCUGGGGCCGCGUCGCCUCAUUGUGGCCUGCGAUGCCUCGAUGGGACGUGUCCGUGCGUGAGACAUUGACGGUGCUGGAGAUGGGCUCAGCGCGGCACAUGUUGUAGGCGUGUGACAGGGUGUGACUGGACAGGGCAAGGCGUGUGCCGUGUGCAGCCUCCGCAGUUUGAAUGUUGGUUUGAAUCCUGCAUGAAUCGCCAGGAAACUGAUACGCUAGGGACCGCUUAUAGCGACGACUUACAAGCGUAGAGGGCCAGGAGGAUGUAAUCCGCCAGCGCUUCGGUGUUGCUGGCAAAGUUGUAAACCGUUGAGAGU